GGAAGAUAUUGGGAAAGAAUCGCUCGGCCAUGCUCCAACUCAGACUCAUUGAAAAAAUUCAAAAUCGGUUUGUAUAGAAUGGCCUUUCACGUCGCUUGUCCAAUUACAUGCCGAAGAAUCUGCGAUUGCUCGCUAGGGUUUCAGCGGAAUCUGGGGAUUCACGACGUCCGUCAUCACUUCCUUGACGAAGUCGUUAGAAUUGCCGAUUUAAUCAACGAUCCGCUGCUAAUUUGUUUCAAGGAGAAUGCUACUGUUCAGGUUGCUGUUCCUAAGGUCGUUCCUCCUCCUCAGCCGCCGUUGGUCGCUGUGGGGGCUGCUUUUGGGGAUGGAAACGUCUUCGGGGAUGGGGACGAGAUGUUGUCCGCACAGAACAAGCGUUCCGCUUUGCAGAAGAAGGCUGCGGCGGCUUCUUUAGUUGCUGAGGAUUUUGCGAGGAGAUUCGAAUCUGGUUCCAUGCUGGAUGAUUCGGGUGAUCUGCAAGCAGAAGAUCAAGGUCAGUCUAAUGCUAAAGUAAUGUGUCGUCUGUGCUUUUCUGGCGAACAUGAAGGAAGUGAAAAAGCAUGGAAGAUGCUUUCUUGUAAAUGCUGUGGCAAGAAGUAUCAUAGGAGCUGUCUUAAAGCCUGGGCUCACGAUAGAGAUUUAUUUCAUUGGAGUUCAUGGACUUGCCCAUCGUGCCGAACUUGUGAGGUUUGUCGAAGGACUGGGGAUCCAAGUAAGUUCAUGUUUUGCCGACGAUGUGAUGGUGCAUAUCAUAGUUAUUGUCAGCAGCCCCCUCACAAGAAUGUCAGUCAUGGACCUUACUUGUGCCCUAAACAUACAAAGUGUCAUAGCUGUGCAUCUGUUGUCCCAGGAAAUGGUCUAAGCACAAGGUGGUUCCUUGGUUAUACCUGUUGCGAUGCUUGUGGAAGAUUAUUUGUGAAAGGGAAUUACUGCCCUAUUUGCUUGAAGGUUUACAGAGACUCGGAAUCAACACCUAUGGUGUGUUGUGAUAUAUGCCAACGCUGGGUGCAUUGCCAGUGUGAUAGUAUUAGCGAUGAAAGGUAUAUGCAGUUUCAAGCUGAUGACAAUCUUCAAUACAAAUGUGCCACAUGCCGUGGGGAGUGCUACCAAGUAAGGGAUGUUGAUGACUCUAUCCGGGAGCUUUGGAGGAGGAGAGACAAAAAUGACCAAGAAUUGAUUGCAAGUCUUAGGGAAGCUGCCGGGUUGCCUACUCAAGAUGAUAUAUUUUCAAUUACACCCUUUUCGGAUGAUGAAGAAAGUGGGCCCACCAUGGGUCCCCCCUUAAAAUUUUCUAUAAAAGGUUUGGCUGAUAAAUCACCAAAGAAGGUCAAGGAAUCUGGUAAAAAAUCUUCAAACAUGAAGUAUGCUAAGAAGAAGAGGCACCAUCCAUCUGGGAUACAAAAAACAAUGGAAAGGGGUAACAAUGAUGGAGGUACUAAUACCCCGCCUUUUGUCCACAAAGGAAAUGAUGACUCAAAUGAUAUUGAGUUCCAGUCCCUAAAAUGUGUAGAACCUUUUUCUUCUGUUACUGGAAGUCUUACUGAAAAGAUAUGCUCCAACAAUCAAAAGGGAAUUGCUAAGAACAAAUUCAUGGAUGAGAUUGGAGUAAGCAAUACAAAUAAGAAAAUGAAAAUGGUUCAUAUUGAUAAUAGGAAAAAUGACGACUUUGGAAAAGAUUCUCAUAACCCCAAGAUUAUAAACACCAAGGGGCCCAAGCUAGUUAUACAUUUAGGUGCCCGAAAGAGAGACAUAGACAGCUCUCCUAGACCUGAUCCAUCCAGUCAAAGGGAGAAAGAUUUUGCUGCUCUGAAUGGCCAUGAACAUGUUGGGGAGGAAGAAACGACUACCCAACAUAAACUUGAUGCAACUGCUGAACCCGCAGAAAGAAAUGGAGAUAAAGUCGUGAACCCUGAUCUAACUAGUUCACAAUUUCUAGUAAAAGAAGGUAGUUUGAUAAAGAUAAAAAAGAAAAAUCUGGAAGUUCCCCAAAUAAACACUAGAUUUUCUGGUGGUAGUAAAGCCAAUGGAGACGAAUCUGUUUCUUCAGGCAAUCCACAUGUCUCACAACACAGCAAAAGCGUUAUCAGAAACGUAGCUACAUCUGAAGCUCCCACAACAAGCAACCCUAUAGUUUAUUCCAGAAAAAAUACAGAAGGAAAAUCCGGGACUUCGGUUGGCAUAAAUAUCAAAAGUAGUGUUCCCAUGAGUUCAGGCUCACAACCUCCUCCACAGAAGGAUUCAAAACCUCUCUUGAAGCUUAAAUUCAAGAAUCCAUAUUUCGAAAAUCAAACUUCAUGGUCUUCUCAUGGGGUGGAUGAGAAGAGCUGCUCUGUAAAGGGCCGGAGAUCUAAAAGGAAGAGACAUCCGAAUAGGGAGAAGUCGGUAAGCAUGGGAGAAGAUGAACAACACGAUUCUAUUGGAGAAGACACCUCAAUCAAUGAGAUUUUGGAUGCCAAUUGGAUAUUGCAGAAGUUGGGCAAAGACUCUAUUGGAAAGAGAGUAGAAAUCCAUCAGCCAUCUGAUAACUCAUGGCACAAAGGGGUAGUGAACAAUUUUGUGGAAGGUACCUCUCUGGUGUCUGUUGCCUUAGACAACGGAAAGACAAAAAAAUUGGAACUUGGUAAACAAGGCAUCCGGUUUAUUUCUCAGAAGCCGAAAAGGCUAUGAACCGGAACCUUAUUUUCAUUGUGAUGCAGUAGUGUUAGUAGCUGGUGUUCAGUUUGUAUGAUGAAAUAAACGAUUCUGAUGGGAGCCUGGGAAGACGAACAUUUCCUUUUCCCUUACUAUGUUGUUAGAACCCUACAAAUUAUCCGUUUCAAUAUCUAUUGGAUUUUUAACUUAGUUGAAGCUAGGAACAACCCUUUUAUUCUAAUGACUGGAUACUAUUAUGUAUUUUUUUCUGAACUUUGUUGUAAAUCUAGAAUCAGCUUCUGAUUUGUUUACGUUUAUGACAGGUUGAAAUUGGAUUAGAUGAAGUUAAAUCAACUUUCAUU